GACAUAGUUUGCGUGGACUGUCGAUGCAAUGAUAAUGCACAAUAUGCUUGCAGGUUAAGUAUACUAGAGGUUUCGGGGGAGCUUGAGGGGGGAUUCGAAGAAAGCCUAUGGGUAGAAGACACGAAGAAAGGUCUUCAGAACAUUUAG